AACACCACGCACUGGCAAUCCCCUCCCAAGUUUCACAUCGAUAGCUUGUAGCGGCGGCGGCGGCUGCGGUGACCCCAACUCGAAGCUGCCGCGUCCAUGUCAGCCACACCGUCGGCGCCGGCGACUCAGCCAGGCCUCGGCGUGUCAAGCACAGCAUCAACAGCCCAUGGACAAGCUGCCAUUGCGAAUGCGAAAUCAAAAGACCCAGGAUGGAAAUAUUGCAUUUGCCCGGAUGAAAACAAGAAGAAUUCACUUAGGUGCAUCUAUUGUAAUAAUCUGUACACCAAUGGUAUUACUCGGAUCAAGUUCCACCUUGGAAACAUUCCGAAUUCCGGUGUUCUACCUUGCACAAAAGUGCCUGCUGAUGUAAGGGAUGAAAUUGUUGAGUAUUUGACAAGGAAGGGUGAGAAAAAGGCAAUGAAGGUUACAGAGCAGAAGAGAAGGAGAUGUGAAGUGGACUUGAGCCACUCAGAGGGGGAAGGUGCUAGUGACUCAGAUGGCACAAACAAUUCUGUUCUUGUGCUGAAGUCAGCGCGUGGCACAACGUCUAAAUCCUCAAGUGGCCCUAUGGAAAAGUUCUGCAAAUUGACACCCAAAGAGGCUAUUGCUGCAAGGAAGGAAAAAGCUGCUGAUAAUAUCCAAUUAAAGCUGACAACUGGGAGAAGAGAACAAAAAAGGAUUCGUGCUUGUGAGUACAUCUGCCAAUUCUUCUAUGAAGCAUGCAUUCCCUUCAAUGCAGUCACACUUCCAAGCUUUGACCUUAUGCUUGAGUCAAUUGGACAAUACGGCGAAGACCUAGAUGGUCCUAGUCCUUAUGAAAUGGGUGGGCCAUACUUGAAGAAGAGGAAGAAGAGAGUGAAGGAUUCCUUCAAGGCACACAAGGAACAUUGGGAGCUCACUGGAUGUACAAUCAUGACAGAUGCAUGGACAGACAUAAGAGGAAGAGGGGUAAUGAACUUGGUGGUUCAUAGUGCUUAUGGUGUAGUUUUUCUUGAUUCUGUGGAUUGUUCAGCUGCUAAAAAAAAUGGUAAGUACAUCUUUGAUCUUGUAGAUCGUUGCAUAGAAGAGAUUGGGGAGAAACAUGUAGUUCAAGUAGUGACUGAUAAUGCAAGUGUGAAUCAAGCAGCAUCUAAGUUGUUGAACGCAAAGCGCCCCAAGGUAUUUUGGAAUGGUUGUGCUGCCCACUGUAUAGAUCUGAUGCUAGAGGACAUUGGGAAGCUGCCAUCAGUUGACUCCACCAUUACAAAAGCUAGAGCUGUGACGGUUUUCCUUUAUGCACACACAAGGGUUUUGAACCUAAUGAGGGAAUUCCUUAGUAAAGAUUUGGUUAGGUCUGGUAUUACAAGGUUCGCUACAGCAUACUUGAACUUGAAAAGCAUGUUGGACAACAAGAAACAACUCCAGAAACUAUUUAGAUCAGAUGAGCUUGAUGAAAUGGGAUAUUUAAAAAAGGUUAAAGGAAAUGAAGCUAGCAAAACUGUGCGCUCUGAAACUUUUUGGAGAGGAGUAGACAUUGCUGUCAAGUUCUUUGAGCCAUUGGCUAAUUUGCUCCGGAGGAUGGACAGCGAUGUACCGGCUAUGGGAUUCAUAUACGGCGCCUUUUUGGAUGCAAAGCAAGAGAUCAAAACUAAGUUUGAAAAUGAACAAGGAUCUUGUUUUCAGGAAGUGUUGGAUAUUGUGGAUAAAAGAUGGGACAGCAAGUUGAAGGGGCCACUACAUAGGGCUGGAUACUUCUUAAAUCCAUACUACUACUAUGAAAACAAGAAGCAAAUUGAGUUAGAUGGAUCAUUUGAAGCUGGGCUUAUAACUUGCAUGGAAAAAAUGGUUGAAGAUGUUGUCCUUCAAGACAAAAUCAAUGAUGAGCUUGUGGCAUAUCGAAAGGAACAGGGGACAUUUGGAAGAGAAAUUGCCAAAAGGCAGCGGAGAAACAAAAGCUUUGAUCCAGCUCAAUGGUGGUCCAGUCAUGGGUCAGAUUCACCAAAUCUCAGAGUAUUGGCGAUGCGGAUUUUGAGUUUGACAUGCAGCUCCUCCGCUUGUGAGAGGAAUUUUAGUGUUUUUCAGCAGAUUCACACAAAGAAACGCAACAGGCUGCUUCAUAAUAAAAUGAGAGACCUUGUUUUUAUCAAGUUCAACUCCAAACUCAAACAAAAGAGAAAGAUGAAAAACAGGGACCCGAUUGUGGACCACACAUUUGUAGAUGUUGUAGAAGAUGAAGAUAAUGAGUGGAUCACAGGUAUUGUGCCUCAUGAACCUGAUGAAGUUGUAGAAGUUGCAGCAUCAACAUCACAAGGAGCAGUUGGUGCAUCAAAAAGAAAGAGAGCGUCCCAAUCUCGCCCUCGGAAGAAGAAAAAACUGCUCCCUGUUUUUCGUGAAGAUGAGUUGGAGUCAGCUAGUUCUUCUUCUGAAUCGGAAGAUGAUGCCAUGCAUUCACCAUCUGGUUCAUCAAAUGAGAGUGAUUCUGAAUAAUUUCCAAGUUGUCGCUGUAUUGUAUUGUUUACUUGUUGGCUUGUUGCCUUGUUGGCUAGUUCAUCUUUAAACUGAUAUGUUGUACUAUUGUCGUCCUAUGGCAGUUGUUGUUGCCCUUCUA